CACGGCCGAGUCGUGCGGGGAGGGACACAGCGGGGAGCCCGCAGCCCUCCCGGGCUGACCGUAACACUGUGCCCUUGCCUUCCCCACCGGGACCCGGCAGCGCCAAACCCACGCCGGAGGAGGUGCGGGGCUGGGCACAGUCCUUCGACAAGCUGAUGAAGAGCCCGGCGGGUCGCAACGUCUUCCGGGAGUUCUUGCGGACUGAGUACAGCGAGGAGAACAUGCUCUUCUGGCUGGCGUGCGAGGAGCUCAAGAACGAGUGCAACAAGCACACCAUCGACGAGAAGGCCAGGAUGAUCUACGAGGACUACAUCUCCAUCCUCUCGCCCAAGGAGGUGAGCCUGGACUCGCGGGUGCGGGAGGUCAUCAACCGGAAGAUGCAGGAGCCGUCCUCGCACACCUUCGACGAUGCGCAGCUCCAGAUCUACACGCUCAUGCACAGAGACUCCUACCCUCGCUUCCUGAACUCUGCCAUAUACAAAUCGCUGCUCCAGAGCGUCUCCCGCUCCUCCUCGGAGUCCUAAGGGUGCCCGCCGGCUGCGGGGACGCCGGUGGGGACACGGAGGCCGGGGUGGGGGGGCUCGGUGCCUCCUCCCCUCUGCUGCCCUCCCUGCCAGACCCCACCACCACCACCCCCACGUUUUUA